AUGCAGUGGAUAAGUUAUCUUUGGUGUGUGAUAACAUUGAUUAUCUAUUCACAAGGGUUGUAUCAAAUCCAUAAACCGCAACUUUACACAUUUUCACAAAUUUUUGUUACAUUUACAUUUGAUAGUAUAAUAACAUUAAUUUUCACGUUAUGGUUCACGUCGAGCUGGUUCAAUACAGAUAAUAAUAGCAAUAUGGAUGUUAACAUUAUUAACUUGUUGAAUAAAAGAGGUGAGUCCCAAGCCAGCCAAGGUGCAAGUGCGCAAUACGAAUAUGCGAUUACGAUUAUGAUCACUAUGGUGAGCAUUUUAUUCAGAUUGUACUAUAAUUGUGUCUUGGCAUCAUUUGUACAAGAAUUGCUUAGAAACCCCAAAUUUUUGGUUGAUCAGGAUGAUAUUGCACAAGAUUUGAAAAAUAAGAAUAUUAUAAUAAGAUUUUGGAUUAAGAGUCAACGUAUCUCAUAUCACUGGUGUCGUCGUUUCCUGAUGUAG